GUCGAAAGCAUCCUGCUGUUAGCAUGUAGCAGUUUGCUGCCGCUGACUGAAAAUAUAUAAAGUGAGAUGUAAAUACUCCCACCAUGACCGAGUCGUUCUGUGCGUCUAACGGAGACAAAGAAGACAAGGAACUGCACAAAGUGGCCUCUUCCAACACGGUGUGGUAGCUGUUGUCAGAGGACGCCAGUCAACACAGCUAACUAAACACCAGCGGUUAGCUAGCGUUCAAACUUUGACGGGCAGCAGUUCGCUAGCUAGCUUGCUAACGCUACUUUGCCAAAUUACUACUGCCACAACCAGCUAGCUAGGUAAACUGUCUUGUGAUUGUAGCGGUCGUGCUAACCGACUAGCGUCGUGGCUGUUUAACCCGCUGACUUACACCGUGUUAUUGUGGUCGGUCGAUUGUGUGAAAGUCGGGUUAAUCGCAAGUAACGUCAGCUAACUUAUGAAUAAUGAUUACUACGGCUAAUGCUAACGUUAGCCACACAAACUGCGACUAAACACAGUUGGUCGGAGUGAUUGGAAGCAGUGCCCGGUGGUCUUUCGGAUAGUUGGUGGUGACAUAAAGUGAGCAACAGAUUACGAGCAACAGCAAUCUGAGCUCGAGUUUUCCCGAUUGAUUUCGGCCAAUCAUACGAGAUAAAUAAUGCGAAACACUAGGAUGUCAAACGCAUUGGGAUUAGGACAGCGGCAUUGUCUCGACAACACAGCUGCCCGAUCAUCUCGAUAAUCCUUAUGUUGUUUAUAAUGCAGCCACAAUAGAUUUAUUUUAUUUUUAUUUUUAUUUUGGAAAUUGCUGAGCCUGUAGCGUAGCGUUCGGUAAAUAUCAACACAUUUGACAGCACAGUUCAUUGUAAACAGUCCGUGUAGGCUGCAGUCUACUUUACUUUUAAGUUAUGUCUGGGGACACAUCUGAUAGUAGUGAUGACUCCGAUGGAAAAACAAAUGAAAAGGCCUGCACUGUCAAGCAUCAAAUCACCAAUGCUAACCUCACAGGUCACACUGAAAGGGUUGGCAUGGAAAACUUUGAGCUGCUCAAAGUCUUGGGCACUGGAGCUUAUGGAAAAGUGUUUCUGGUCAGGAAGAACAGCGGCCACGAUACGGGCCAGCUCUACGCGAUGAAGGUGUUAAAGAAAGCAGCUAUUGUUCAGAAGGCAAAGACGACUGAACACACUCGCACUGAGAGGCAGGUGCUGGAGCACAUCCGCCAGUCUCCCUUCCUGGUCACGCUUCACUACGCUUUCCAGACUCAGAGCAAACUGCAUCUCAUCCUGGACUACGUGAGCGGCGGGGAGAUGUUCACUCAUUUGUACCAGCGGGAUCACUUCUCUGAGGAGGCGGUGCGGAUUUAUAUUGGAGAAAUAAUUCUGGCUCUAGAGCACUUGCACAAGCUGGGGAUUGUGUACCGAGACAUCAAAUUGGAGAACAUCCUUCUAGACAGUGAAGGCCAUGUGGUGUUGACAGAUUUCGGGCUCAGCAAAGAGUUUCUAGAAAAAGAGAAGGAGAGGACCUACUCUUUCUGCGGCACCAUUGAGUACAUGGCUCCUGAAAUCAUCAGGGGGAAGACGGGGCACGGCAAGUCGGUAGAUUGGUGGAGCCUUGGCAUCCUGAUGUUCGAGCUGCUGACGGGAGCAUCUCCUUUUACCUUGGAGGGAGAGAGGAACUCCCAGAGUGAGGUGUCAAAACGUAUUUUGCGCUGUGAUCCACCAUUCCCCUCUAUGAUUGGAUCCACUGCUCAGGACCUGCUGAAGAAGUUGUUGGUGAAAGAUCCCCACAAGAGGCUGGGGUCCGGACCACGAGGGGCUGAAGACAUCAAAGCACAUCAUUUCUUUAAGGGGCUGAACUGGGCCGACCUCGCACAGAAGAAGGUGUCAAGCCCGUUUAAGCCAGAGCUGAAGAGCGAGCUUGACGUGGGGAACUUUGCCGAGGAAUUCACUGGGAUGGAUCCUGUUUAUUCUCCGGCGAGCACGCCUCCAAGCACGGACCGCCUUUUCCAGGGCUACUCCUUUAUUGCUCCCUCGAUCCUGUUCAAUAAGAACGCAGUGAUGGGAGACUUCGUAGAAUCUCAGAUUGGUGCUGAGCGACCAGCUUCUGCUUCUGUCCAACGCAGUGCAAUGUUACAGGAAUCUCAGUUUUUUCAGCAUUACGAGCUGUGUCUUCACGGGCCACCCCUGGGCGAGGGCAGCUUCUCCGUGUGCAGGAAAUGCAGACACAAGCAAAGCGGCCACGAGUACGCCGUCAAGAUCGUCAGCCGCAGAAUGGAGGCAAACACUCAGAGGGAGAUCGCUGCCUUGAGGCAAUGUGAGGCUCACCCCAACAUCGUCAAGCUGCAUGACGUCUACACUGAUCAGUACCACACAUAUUUAGUGAUGGAGCUUCUGCGAGGCGGCGAGUUGCUGGAAAGGAUCAAGAGGAAGAAGCUAUUUGGCGAGGCAGAGGCCAGUCAGCUGCUGCAGAGCCUGGUCUCGGCUGUCAGUUUCAUGCACGAGGCCGGAGUCGUGCACCGGGAUCUCAAACCCGAGAACGUGCUGUUUGCAGAUGAGGGGGAGGACGCUGUGCUAAAAGUAAUAGAUUUUGGAUUUGCCCGCCUGUGCCCCGCAGGCAGCGCCCCCCUGCAGACUCCCUGCUUCACGCUGCAGUACGCUGCACCAGAGCUCUUCGAGAGCGCCGGAUACGAUAAAGCGUGCGACCUCUGGAGUCUCGGGGUCAUCCUGUACACCAUGCUGUCAGGCCAGGUGCCGUUUCAGAGCGAGCAGCGUGGGAUGACCUCAUCGUAUGCUGCCGACAUCAUGCAGAAGAUAAAAGAGGGUGAUUUCUCAUUGGAUGGGGAGGCCUGGAAGGGCGUAUCGGAGGAUGCCAAAGAGCUCGUCAAAGGCCUGCUGACAGUGGACCCGGAGAGGCGUCUCAAGCUCUCUGAUCUGAAAGAGAACAGCUGGCUGCAGGGCGGUGCCUCCAUGUCCACCACUCCUUUGUGCACUCCAGAUGUGCUGGAGUCCAGUGGGCCGACUGUCCGCACCUACGUCAACGCCACCUACAAGGCUUUCAACCGCGGCAAGAGAGAGGGCUUCUUUCUGAAAAGCGUCGACAACGCUCCUCUUGCGAAGCGACGGAAGCUGAAGAUGACGAGCACAGGCGUAGAGACCCGAUGGAGUUCAUCCUCUUCCUCCUCCUCCUCUUCCACGUCCUCCUCCGCCUCUGCGACAGCAUCCAAAGCACAGCCAAAGCAAACUGUGACCCCAAAGGAGAGCUAGCCGUAACGGCGGGCAGGAAGAACCGGCGCGGAACCGGAGCGGUAUGUGCUUUUACUGGUAACACCACGUCCUCCAGCGGUCGGUGCCCGAACACACGCCGACGCAGCGCUGGUGCGGCUUAAUGUAAAGUUUCCACUUGUUUUAACAGUAAAAUCAUUCCUCGUGUCGUAUUCUCCACAAACCAAACGCGUGUUUUCAUCGAGAAGAGAAGAUGUGGCCUUGAGAAAGUGUUGUUCAGUAUUCGCUCGCCGCGAUUUGGCGACGUCACACACUAAAAGUUCAAACAUUCACCUGUUUUCUCCGUGGAUAAGAAACAGUGCCUGGCUAUAUAGGAAUAAAAAGGGAAAAAGGAGCCAUACAUGAGCAGAAGCCAUAUAUACAGCUAAACAAGUGAAUAUAUUCAUUCAGCCGUUGUGAAGACACACACAUUUGCACAUAGCAAAUAAAACAGUCCUUCCAGGAAUUUACAGACUCGGUCCUUUUGUCGUAUUUAACGUUGCCACACAUUUAAAAAUUCGCAAAAAAUUAAAAAGAAACUGCAAAAGCCGAGCCAAUAGUGCUGCGCCACGAGGCUCUAGACAGCAGUUUUGUAAGAUUUGUAGAAAAAAAGCAUCUCACCGUUUGCACUAUUCGCAGAGAAUGUAAAUGAUCAAAUGGUCACCAAACAAAUUGCUGGAAGGACUGAGCACAGAGGGAAACAUUCUUGUAACCUUAGAGAUUGUAUAUAAUGAAUGAAUAACGCUGUGUUGGAAAUCUUCUCUGUUGGAUCGAACCGUCGGCUGGUCUUCGGUCCAGAGGGCGCUGUCUUUGCUACACUACCAACUCCGCUGCAGAUCCCAGUGAACUCUUUGUAUGAAUCUGUUUCCAUCAGCAGAGUUCGACUCGAAGCGGGUCGCAGUACUAACAAACGGUAGCACCUGUAAAAAGACGAAGGAGCAGUCAUUACGUAGAGCGUCGCUGUAUAUUUCUCGCCUCGUCGUGCCGAUCUGAAAAAAUCUCUCGCAUGCUACUCUUUCGUGAUGAUGAACUGUCAGAACCUUUUUCUAUAUUUUGGUAUCUCUCGAUGGAAACGUCGCUUGGAAGGUUUUUCUUUUCAGAAAAAUUCUCCCAAGUGCAGCUUCAGAUGUUUGCACAUAAACGGGAGCAGAACUCUUUGUCUCGGCGGCCUGGAGCGCACACACACACGGCUUUGUGCAUUUUUAAAGGAGUAUUUACAGUUUCCUGUCGGGCUCGGACCAGCGCCUCACGCGGCGGCUCCUACGAAUACAAUCCGAUUUGAUAUAAAUAUUGAUCAGCUCACCUGGGCUCUGCUUUUUUUUGUUUUUUUUCCAGAAGUUAUUCAUUUUUAAACAUUUUACGGCUUUGAAAUUCAAAAUAUGUUACAGAAUGAGACACUUAAUAAUGACUUUUUUUGGGAGAUGAUGCUGUGUUUGUAUAUACUCAUAAUUAAGAGCAAAAAAAAGAAGAAAAAAAAUGUACGUGAUGAUUUAAAAUUUGACGGCUGUUUUAAUGGUAUUAGUCUCCUGAUGUAAUGUUUUUAUUGGAUUUUUUUUUUUUAACAUGUUGCACACUCGGUUGAUCAAUUAAAACACAUUUCAGCUUUAAAGGUGCUUUCAUUGAUAUUUAUUACAUGUGAUUGAUUUUGAUGCUGCGGUAAUGGGAUGAUCGUCGUUCGGCUCUCGCUGCCUGCCGGCCCCCCGUGUGUGUUCUCGUGAGGUUGUCUGAGAGUCCGAGUGGCGCCGGCGGUUCUGAUAUUUCCGUACCAGACGGAGCAUUACUGCGAGUUACUGUAUUAUUUUUCCUGUCGUCGUUUGCCGCCAUCGUCUGUUGAAAAAGGUAACUGGUUGUGAUAUUUUUACUGCUUUUAUUGGUGUUGAUAUUCUUCUGUUGUUGUAGAUUUUUUCCCUUCUUUCUUUCUUUCUUUCUUUCUUUUCUUUUUUUUUUUUGAGCAUUACUAUUUUCCUGAAAUGCACUGUCACUGAUGUCGUAACUGGGAAUUUAUCGUUUUGCACCAGGAUUUUAUUUUAUUUUUUUGUUUUUGGUUUGGUGCAAAAAUAAAUAUUACUUUUAAAUAAA